GAUUCUUGUAGUCUGUAAGCAAGUUUUAGUGCUCUUGUUACAGGUUUCGGAGGUGUCAUUAGCGAACACGUUCCGCUAGGAUCUAUGCCGAAUGGGCAAUCUACAAGCUACCUCAGUUAGCCAGGGGUGCCCUGUUGUCGUUACAUUUUGCGGCGGCAGAGAAUCUACUACUUUAGGUACCUACAUAAUCUAACCUUCAUCCAUCACUAACGAGAGCUUAACGAUAAACUACCUGACAGCUUCUAGGUUGUCGGGCAAAAAUACCAUCAUCAUGGGACUGCUCGUCAAACUAGGUCUGCGCCGUCGUAUCGUAUGGAAGCGACCGACGAUAUUGGACUGGCUGCUAGAGGCACCUCUUCAGGGGCUCAUCUUUUACAUAUACCAUAUAGUCGUAUGGCUACGCAGUAAUCGAGUUGGGCCACCUCAGGGAAGACGUCCUAUCAAUAUCGUAUGCUUGUCUGACACUCACGAAUCUAUCGUCCAACAUGUCCCGGAUGGCGACCUACUAAUCCACUGCGGUGAUCUGGUGAACGACGGUAGAGCUUCCUCCAUUCAAAAGCAGAUCGACUGGCUGGACUCUUUACCUCACAGGUACAAGGUCGUUGUCUGUGGCAACCACGAUAGUUGGUUUGACGUUAGGUCCAGGACAGAGGAAGACAAGCGCCAGGGUAAUACCGUCGAUAUGAAAUCGAUACAUUACCUCGAGCAUGAAUCUAUUACAUUUGAGUUUGAAGGCGGACGCAAGUUAAACAUCUACGGUGCCCCUGGUAUCCCUCGGUGCGGCGGGUCUGAUAAUGCGUUUCAGUAUACGUUAAACGAAAAUCCCUGGGAAGACGUCGUACCCAUAGACACCGAUAUUCUAAUAACCCAUACGCCACCUAGGCACCAUCUGGACCUGGCUCUUGGAUGUCCCCAUCUUCUCCGCGAGAUAUGGCGAAAACGGCCUAGGGUGCACAUGUUUGGCCAUGUUCAUUGCGGCCGGGGGAUGCAACACGUAUUCUGGGACGAGUGUCAGACGCAGUACGAGACGGCCAUGUCCCGUCCGAAACCCGGGCUUUUCUAUAACGUACUUGACUACAGGGCCUGGCUGGACGUAUAUAGGGUUCUGUAUUACGGCGUCACCAGCAUCCUGUGGCACUGGCUAUUCCUUGGUGGAGUUGCGAACCGGAGCAUCCUGAUCAACGCUGGUAUGCAGGACGGUACUCGAGGGAGGUUGACUAAAAAAGCCCCUAUAACGAUUACGGUUUGAGUUAGCAGGAGACUCGCGCGAAGGCUUCUUGAUAGAUGAGUUCCAUUCACCAGUACAUAAACAUAUAAGACAUGCAGGAAUAAUACGCACGAAGCAAGUAUACCCCUAAACAAAACAAGCGAGAAGGAUUAUUAGAGGCCACUGAUCCGAAAGAGGUCGACGGUCAUUUGCCAAAACACAUGGUUCCGCAGUGUAAAUAUAAGUUGGAAAUACGGUACGCAGUAAUUAAAAGCAAUAUAGAAGACGGAGGCGAUAACCGAGGA